AUGCUGACUACAGAUAUCAAGAAAUGGAGGUAUGAUAGCGAGGAGCAGGUCUACAACAAUCGCAAGGGAGGCAGCAUCCGUAACAGCUCGGGCAUGUUUCAGCUGGCGCGAGAGAUAGAACUCUUGAAUGAGAAGGGUGUUGAGAUUCAAUGGCAUCAUACGAAGCAAGAGUCCAAUCAUGAGGCCGUCCAGCUCGCGCAAGAUGCUGUCGACCGCGCGAGACUCUUGAUGAGGCAGCCGGCACGUCGCCCUGCGGGCAGAACAAACCAGCGAGCUAGCAACUUGUCAGCUGGGCUGACUAGCAGCGGACCAGAAGACGGUACGUUUUAG